GUUACAACAAUUAAAGUAGAUCAGCUAUAGAAAAGUUAUUUAAAUGCGGACUCCUGGAAAUUCGGCUGGCACAACAAAUACUAUUCUAUAAAGCGUGGCGAAGAGUUGGCGUUUAGACAGAUAUCGGCUGUUUUCGUCCGCUAGAGGGCCUCACUGAGGAGCAGGGGGCCGGCUCUCGGUGGGUCGCAGGCGGGCUGGUGGAGCGUCUGAGCCGGGAGAGCUGACAGUCUCGGAGCUGUCCUGCUGGAGGGAGGGAGGAUACCUCAUGCCGCCUGGGUUCUCCGGGAACUAAACUCUUUCGUGUACAGCCGCGGCGAGGACUCGUUCUGUUGUGGAUAGGAGGACAAGUGGACCUGCUCAAGAUGCAUGUGGUCGGGAUUUGGACGCUAAUGGCGGCUCUGCAGGUUGUGUUUGGUGGAGACCCCCAGACGUGGCUGUCAAGCGAGCACAACUUGUUGCCGUGUGUGAGGGGAUUCACGCAGGAGGAAUACUUCGUCCAAGUGGACCAAGAGCUGGCCAAGGGACAGGCUGUCUUCAACGUGAGCUUCCGGGACUGCGAUGCAGGGAAGGUAUGGUUGAAGGCUGGAGAUGCUAAAGACUUCAGCGUGAAUCAGGACGGCGUUCUCGUCACCCUCCGUCACCUCACACUCGCAGGAAAGGACAGAGUGGUGGUGGUCUACGCUAAAGACCAGCAGACAAAAUAUGUCUGGAAAACCAGAGUCCAUAUGCUGGUUCCGCAAAAAGGAAAUAUGCCAGACCAGGUGAAGCCCAGUGAUGCAACAGUGACUCAGCAGGUACCAGAGAUCUUGUUUCCAUGGCGCAGCGUGGUUGUUAAGGGUGAUGGUUCUCUGAGGCGAGUAAAAAGGGACUGGGUCAUUCCGCCUAUCAACGUCCCGGAGAACUCACGCGGACAGUUCCCUGAGGACUUAGUGCGAAUCCGUUCAGACAGGGACAAGAACAGGUUGCUGCGCUAUAGUGUGACCGGGCCUGGGGCUGACCAGCCUCCCACAGGCAUCUUCAUCAUCAACCCCAUCUCGGGUCAGCUGUCCGUCACCAAACCCCUGGACCGAGAGCACAUCUCCAACUUCCAUUUGCGAGCUCAUGCUGUUGACCUGAAUGGGAAUCAAGUGGAGAACCCUAUCGACAUUGUUAUUAAUGUCAUCGACCAGAAUGACAACCGACCAGAGUUCACCCACACCAUGUUUAACGGUUCGGUACCAGAGGGAUCCAAGCCUGGCUCUUUUGUGAUGACGGUAACUGCUGUGGACAAGGAUGAUCCAAAAACUGCCAAUGGGAUGCUGAGAUACAAGAUCCUGUCCCAGAAUCCCCAGAGCCCCUCCUCCAACAUGUUCACCAUUAACAACAAGACCGGUGACAUCAUCACCGUGGCAGCAGGGCUCGAUCGAGAGAAAGUGACCCAGUACACUCUGAUAAUCCAAGCUACAGACAUGGAGGGGAACCCUACUUAUGGUCUGUCCAACACUGCCACCACUGUCAUCAAGAUAACUGAUGUCAACGACAACCCCCCUGAGUUUACCACAGACACUUACUUUGGAGAGGUCCACGAGAACCGAGUAAAUGUGAUCGUGUCCAACCUGACGGUGACAGAUAAAGACCAGCCUCACACUCCAGCCUGGAUCUCUGUGUACCGCAUCAUAGCUGGAGAUCCCACCGGUCGCUUCUCCAUCCCAACGGACCCAACGACCAAUGAGGGGCUUCUCACUGUAGUCAAGCCCAUAGAUUUUGAGGUAACACGGUCGUUCAUGCUGACCGUGGUGGCAGAGAACGAGGCACCAUUGGCCCGGGGGAUCCACCUGCCGCGCCAGUCGACAGCCACAGUGUCCGUCAGAAUCCUGGACAUCAAUGAGAGCCCAGAGUUUAGCCCCAACCCAAAGCCCAUCAAACUGGAGGAGGGUCAGGCCGCCGGCUCUCUGUUGACUACAUUCACUGCCCAGGACCCUGACCGCUUCAUGAGGCAGACUAUCCGGUAUGCUAAGAUCUACGACCCCGCCAAGUGGCUGGAGAUCGACCAGCUGAAUGGACGCAUCUCUACCAUUGCUGUCCUCGACCGUGAGUCUCCUCACCUGAAGAACAACAUCUAUAACGUGACCUUCAUGGCCUCUGAUAACGGAAACCCACCUGCCACUGGCACCGGGACCCUUCAGAUCCACCUAUUGGACAUCAACGACAACGCGCCACACGUGUUCCCCCCAGAGGUGGAGAUGUGCGAGAAGCCAGAUCCCAACGCCAUCAACAUCACAGCCAGCGAUCCAGACCUCAGCCCUAAUGCUGGACCUUUUGCUUUUGAGCUGGCCAACUACCCAUCGGAUGUCCGCCGUAACUGGACUCUAAGUCGCCUGAAUGGUGAGUACGCACAGCUUCGCCUCCGGAUCAACUCCCUCGCCAGCGGCCUCUACGAAGUCCCAAUCAUGAUCACUGAUUCUGGAAACCUGCCGAUGUCAAACACCUCCUACCUGCGGGUCAAGGUGUGCCAGUGUGAUCACCAUGGCGACUGCAUGGACAUGGAGCGCAUCAUUGCUGCAGGACUGGGCACUGGGGCCAUUAUUGCAAUCCUCAUCUGCAUAAUCAUUCUCCUCGUGCUGGUGCUGGUGUUUGUCAUGUGGAUGAAGAGGAGGGAUAAGGAGCGCCAAGCCAAGCAGCUCCUCAUUGACCCAGAGGAUGAUGUCCGCGACAACAUCCUGAAAUAUGACGAGGAAGGAGGUGGAGAAGAGGACCAGGACUACGACCUGAGCCAACUGCAGCAGCCUGACGCCCUUGAGCCAGAGUGUGUGAAGGUCGGCAUCAGGCGUCUGGACGAGAGACCUCUGCACCAUGACCAUCAGUAUCCCCUGCGAUCUGCUGCCCCGCAUCCUGGAGACAUUGGUGACUUCAUCCACGAGGGCCUGAAGGCGGCAGACAACGACCCCACCGCACCUCCCUACGACUCCCUGCUGGUGUUCGACUAUGAGGGCAGCGGCUCCACCGCCGGCUCCCUGAGCUCACUGCACUCGUCCUCCAGCUGCAGCGACCAGGACUACGACUACCUCGGCGACUGGGGGCCGCGUUUCCGCAAGCUGGCCGACCUGUACGGCGGAGGUGACGACUAGCGUCCUGGCCGCACCACACCCCUGUUACUCCCCUUGACCUACACCAGGAGGGUGACUCCUGUGAAGAGGAGUAGAGGUUGUGAAAGCAGCACUUCUGUUUGAGUGUAGAAACACGUGGAACUCUUGAGGUUGGUUGUUGACACUUUUGGGACCACUCUGACCCACCCGGCCCAGGUGUGGUCAGCAACCAGGCAUAAAGACCUUAUGAUGUUGACAAUACGACAGCCAUGAUACAUAACACUUGAAUCUCACAGUCCAGGAGCACCGGGGUCAAACGUGCCUUUUUGUACAUUCUUUUGAUUGUGUUUAGUCUUUGGUUCUCCCUGUUGCUUUAAAGCUCCCAGUGAUUUUCAUCAGGAGCACCUCGCCACAGUCGGCAAGCGUUUCCUUGUGGGAUUCCACCUCAUCACCUGGAGGUGUCUUUGUGUGCGUGUGUGUGAAUGUGAGAGAAACGCGUGCAGGUCUGUCCCUCAGAGACACACUGGAUGGACACGACAUGGAGCAACCUGCACGAACUCAUCCAGGGAGACAUGCAGCUUUGUUGUGCAGCUCUGGGUGAAUAGCAAGUGACCUGAAAAGGGAAUCGCAAAUGUAGAUAUUUUACAAGUAAAGCUUUUGUCAGUUGUGUCAUCGUAGAGGCCAUUUAAGUCCAUCUCCUCCCCUCCGUCUUGACAAGGGCGGUCUCUGGUCUUAAACCCUGCUGAGAUCACAAGCUGUAAUUUCCUUUCCCUCAGCUCUGAUCACUUGGCAUCAAGUCACUUCAAAGAUUGGGAUGAACAGAGAUAAACACCUCAAGCUUUCCGCUCAGAUAACGCCUGUCCCCCAAUAUAUUCUUCCACUUCCCACGCAGAACACAAUAUGAGACGCGGCAUUAACACAGUAUGGUUUUAUUUCAAUUGAAAGUGCUCUACUCCAGUGCAAUGCAACAAUGGAACACACUCACAGGCAUAAUAUGUUUGCGCUCUUGUCAUUUCACCACUGCAGCCUGACGUUAUGUCCACAACUGUCUGUGGUUGUUUGUGUCUUGUGAUUGGCAGGCGAUCUGUCAGAGGUGAGUCAAGCUUCUUGCCCAAUGUUAGCUGCGAUUCGCUCCAGCAUAUCUCAACCCAAAAUGUCAAGCACAGUUCACUGCUGCAGUUGGACUGGACUGGUUUGAAAACACAGUGUGGUAUCCCAAAUCAGGUUUUGGUGUUAAGUGUGACUGGUACAUGUGGUGAGAAAGUGACGGCUGUGUGGCUAGGUAAUGACGUUUGAGUCAACUUCAUAUGAGUCGACAAAAACUCUCUUUUGAGAAUUCACGUCGCCAGGUUCUACUCACUUUGAUGAAACACCUUGACUUUCCUGGGAUUCACCUGCCAAAUGCAAGUCGCGUGUGAUCGCAUGUCAGAUUCAGCCUUGCCAAUGCGUCACCGUGAGUCAGAGCUGCACAGAAGAGUUGCCAUGCUCCUGCUAACGGGCUUCUGUGAAAGAGAAGACAUGUACAGUUCUGCUCCACUGAACCGCUCAGUUUUUUUCAGCGAAAACGCUCUGAUCACAUUGUAACUUAUGCAGCCGAUGGCGGACGCGGAGAGUCAGCUAGCCCAGUUCUGUAGCACAGAUUCCUCACGACACUUGGCUGUGGUGGAUUCAGGACUCAUCUGGCUGCUGAAGACCUGCCUUAGUGUGCUCUGGUACUCCCCAGUUGGCUACUCACUGUAAACUCAAAUGUACAGAUUGUUUUUUUUUUUCCUCUCGCUGUUCUUUUGGUUGUGCGUUUUGAUGAUGACAUGCUAAUAUUCCUUGUAUAUGUGUCAUUUGGAUUACAAUUAAACAAAUUUUGCAUG